GUCCAGUAGACAUAUACCAUAUAAUAUAUCGCAUUUCCUAUUGUAAAUGUGCCUAGAUGAAUAAUAUACCCAGUGUGUAGUAGCUAUGCGCAGAUUUGUUGCCUUGUACGGUCGCAACAUCAAGUCACCGGAAGUACCCAAGCCUUCUAUGGACCAUGUUGCCUCAACACCUGGAAACAUAUCAUCAUUCAGACAGAGGGUUGGGGAACACCUAUCACUGUCAUCAUACAGGGAACUCGAGGAUGAUUACAAAAGGUUGUCCAGAAGCAGCAAGGUUGUUUUCUACGGUAUAGGCUCUUUCCUGGUAAUACCUGGGGGAUUCGCUUUAUUGACUAUCCCGUCAACCACUGUUGACACCCUGGCAUCGCAACAAUUCUACAUUAGCAGUGCGGCACUACCCUGGCUUUCUUCCAGUACAUUGGUAUUCAACCUGCUUCGAUUCAAUAGGUCAUCCUUGGGCAUCGGUUUGUCGUUAAUCGGUCUCCUGGGCCCAGCGGCUGCCACACUGGCACUCGAGCACACGGAAUCACUGGGAUAUGCCAUACUAUUCGCUAGUUACGGCAUUUUCGGGCUUGGGGUGUCACCCUACAGCGUUGGUGGCUUAUAUCGAAAAAUGGUUGGGAAACAAUCCAGAUGGUCCACGUCAAAUCGUACUGGGUCGUCCAAAAUCGCACUACUGCCAGUAUGCGUGGCAAAGCCUAUUACCUGGCUCGUUGGCAUUAAUGUUGUAAUGCUACUACUUUCGGGGCUGCGUAGGUGGUCAGUUCGCAAGGAGCUUGCGCUAAUGGAUCACCACGAGAUUAUCAGGAAAUAUGAAGAAACACACGGCAAACCAGAUUACUAAUUAUUACAUGGGAACAUUGCCCCUAG